AUGUUCCGUAAUCAUUAUAUUUCUUUUAGACCUCGUAAAAAUUAUAUAAGACACUCAUCUCAUAUUCUUACUACAACAAAAUAUGACAUAUUAAAUAUGAAAAACACUGGAAUAAGCACCUCUAAUAAUAAUUGUAAUGAAUUAGUGCAUAAUGAUUGUAUGUUAAGCAAAGAUUCUGAUUGCAUGUUGAAAAAAGAAGAUUCUAAUGAUAUGUUAGUUGAAGAUAAUUCUAAUAAUGAGAUGCUAUAUGAAGUUGAUAUGUUGAGCGAAGACGAUAUGUUAAAUGAAAAUGAUAUGUUGAGUGAAGACGGUAUGUUAAGCAAAGAUGAUAUGUUGAGUAAAAACGGUAUGUUGAGCGAAAAUGAUAUGCUAAGUAAAGGCAAAAAUGACAUUCUGAGUAAAGAAGACAUACUGAGCGAAGACAACAUAAUGAGCGAAGAUUAUGUGUUGAGCGAAGAUGAUAAAUUGAGUGAAAAUUAUGUGUUGAGUGAAGAUGAUGUAUUGAAUAAAAAUAAUCUGUUAAAUGAAAACGACAUAUUGAGUGAAAACAAUUCUGAUAGAGAAAUUGUUGAUAAACCUUUGAAUAAUGAAAAAAUGCUACAUAUUGAUAAAGAAUUUGCUCCAUAUUUCAGCAAUCUUACAGAAGCAAAGAUGUUUUGUUGGUCAGUUAUUAUAGGCGAUGAAUUAGCAAGAAGCAUGCAAAGUAAAAAUCGCAAAGAAAAGUCAAUUGGAGACGAGAUAUGGAUGCUAGAUAGAGAAAUGGAUAAUGCGACUGUAAUUACUGAACUGCAGGCAAUUGUUAAGC